UCCUCCUGGUGGUGGUCUAUUUAUUUAUACGCGAAGAAGAAAGAAUUAAGAGGCUAUUCGGAUUUUAUACCCGCUUGAUUCUGCUCCUAAAAACCCGAACAAAUCCAAAAGUCGAAUCGGAAGUUUCAUUCAGGUCUUUGUUUGUUGUUCGUGAUUAUUGGAGGAGUAGGAAGAAGAAGGAAAAAGGAUGGGAGAAAGGAAAGUUCUGAACAAAUACUAUCCGCCGGACUUCGAUCCGGCCAAGAUUCCGCGGCGGAGGCAGCCCAAGAACCAGCAGAUGAAAGUGCGGAUGAUGCUUCCCAUGAGUAUUCGUUGCGGGACGUGCGGGAAUUACAUAUACAAGGGGACCAAAUUCAAUUCCCGCAAAGAGGACGUCGUUGGAGAGACCUAUCUGGGAAUUCAAAUUUUCAGGUUCUAUUUUAAGUGCACAAAAUGCUCAGCCGAAAUAACUUUCAAGACAGAUCCUCAGAAUUCUGAUUAUGUUGUUGAGUCUGGUGCGACGAGGAAUUUUGAGCCUUGGCGUGCAGAGGAUGAGGAAUUGGAAGAAGAGCAAAAGAAAAGGAAUGCUGAAGAAAUGGGAGAUGCCAUGAAAUCACUGGAGAAUAGAACUUUAGACUCAAAGAGGGAAAUGGAUAUCCUUGCCGCUUUGGAUGAAAUGAAAUCUAUGAAGUCAAGACAUGCAACUGUGAGUGUAGAUGCAAUGCUCGAAGCUCUGCAACACUCAAACGAGCAGAAGAAAAGGAAGCUGGAAGAAGAAGAUGAAGCUCUUAUAAAAUCAGUGUUUAAGGGACAAAGAGAGGCUGCUGUUGUGCGAAGAAUUGACGAUGACGAUAUUGAUGAUGAGGAGGAUUUAAAUUACUUUUCACCUGACAAUGGGGGAACAUCAACUGGUCCAUCAAAAAGAAAGGUCCCUGAAGAGCAUCCUUCUAACCCAACAGAUGCUUUGACAACAGCCGGUGUUGGUGACAGCUCCAACAAUCAAGAUAAUGCUGGUGCUAGUGGGGCUUCAAAUAAUGGUAAAUUCAUUUUCAAAUCCUCUUCAGUCAGAGUUUCUAUCGUCAAGAAAUCAGCUGCAGAUUCAAAUGGGAACAUGCCAAGCAAGGAGUCUGAAAAGCAGGAUGCAAAUUCUACAGCUGUGACUAAUAGUGGAUUGCUAUCGUUAUGCCAACAGUAUGGAAGUGAUGAAGAUGAAUGAUGGAAAUUGGAAAUAGUGUCAUGAAAUUUUUUCAAAAUCUGAAAGAAGGACAAGCAUAUGCAGCUUUCCAUGAUGGCAGAGAAGCAGCAUGUAAUGUUGAAUGCUAACCAGCUUAACUUGAAUUUCAUAACACUGAAACCUAACGAGCUCUUUCUCUGUCAAAAGCUGGUUGUGCUUGUGGAAAAGUGUAAUAUUGUUAUUGUUUUUGUAUUUCUUGAAGAUUAACACUUUCAAGCUAAUACAGGUGUUUGCUAGCAAACCCAUUGAGUGCUGCAAAUGUCCCAUUUGUAUUGUAAAAUUUAUCAUCCAUGAAUCCUUCUUGAGAUUCCUUGAA